GCGGAAACAGGGACCAGACGACAGGCGACAGACGACGAUGCUCCAAGUAAAGGUGCGGAUGGCAGGCACGAAAAAAAUCUUAAAUUGCCCAUCGUGAGGGCUAAAACAAGGGGUUGAUUUGAAAAACACGUGAGCAAAAUGAGAGCUAAUCAAAUAGCUUACAGCUUUGGAGCAUGUCAAGGACUUCUCGCUCCUAAACGCCGUCAUUAUAGCACUUGGGUGCGAAAGUGGCCAUCAGACUUGUUUUGUGCACCAUGUCAAUAUUUGCGUAUAGUCAGUGGUACCCCGACCACUUCAAACCAAAAUCAGCGACGAAAAUUGCAUUCUAGUCACCAAACAUUCGCUCUGCAACGACUUACACACGUAGAGGUCACUGAUAAAUUGCAAAAGAAUGAGUACACACAGGAAUUCAAUUUUGAAGGUUCCAUUAAGUCAUAUGAUUCAAAUCAAUUGGCCUCCAACAGUCCUGUUGAAGACUCGCGCUCUGAAGCUCGCUGCCUUCAAACUGCUGGUAUGCUGUAUGGUAUAUUUGAUGGUCACGGAGGUGCAGCGUGUGCCCAAGUCAUAGCCAAGCGUCUGUUCAACUACAUCACUGUUUCCUUACUGCCAUCUGAUCUGCUGCAGCAAUGUCAUCAAGGAGGAAAUAGUGAGAAGCUGCUUGAACCCUACAAUGAUAAGAUGCAAUUUUAUGAUGACUUGCAGCAGCUGUAUGAUAAAAGUUUUAGUGCAUUUGUGGAAGAACUAGUUAAUGACAAGAAACACAAAGAGGAAUUUCAAAUGAAGGAUGCUUUAGUACGUGCAUUUUUAAAACUUGAUGGAGACCUGUCUGAGGAAGGAAAGGUAACUAAGAAUGGAGAGGUCAACAAAAGGACGCUCUCUGUGGCCAUGUCUGGUGCUGUUGCUUGUGUUGCUCACAUUGAUGGGCCUCAUCUCCAUGUAGCCAAUGUAGGUGAUUGUCAGGCUGUAAUAGGCGUUUUAGGGGAAGGCAAUACAUGGACAGCAAAGAAACUGACAGAGGAACAUAAUGCUGAUAAUAUUUCAGAAUUAAAGAGAAUAGUACAGGAGCAUCCUCCUAGUGAAAAAGACACAGUCAUAUCAAGUGACAGGCUUUUGGGUCAGCUGGCUCCUCUAAGAGCUAUGGGAGACUUUCGAUACAAGUGGAGUAGGGAGGAUUUGUUAAGGUAUGCUGUUCCUACUUACGGCGAAAAAGUGAUAGCUCCAGACUACCAUACACCACCAUACCUCACGGCACGGCCUGAUGUCACUUACCAUAGACUUCGUCCUAAAGAUAAAUUCUUAAUUAUUGCAUCUGAUGGAUUGUGGGAUUUGGUGUCUCCUUUGCAAGCUGUCAGGCUUGUUGGAGAGCAUAUGAGUGGUAAAGUCACAUUGAGCCCUUUUCGCUUACCAAAAGCCAACAUGACCUUUAAUGAAAUAAACGAGGCACUUUUACAAAGAAAAGAAGCACUAAAAUUAAAGCCGAUUGACAAAAAUGCAGCUACACACCUUAUUCGUAAUGCUCUUGGUGGCUCAGAAUAUGGACUGAGUCAUGGAAAAUUGUCCCAGUUACUCACACUCCCACAAAGUAUUGUAAGACUGUUUCGUGAUGACAUAACAAUAACUGUAGUGUACUUUGACUCGGAUUAUUUGAGGCAUUGCCCUUUGUAAUAUGCAGUGUAUUUAAUUAUAAAUUGUGAUGUGACCAUGUUUAACUAUGUUAAAAACAAAAAAUUGUAUAAGCUUUAUUGCUCAACAAAGCUUAACCCUCAUCCUCUUGAUGAGACUGAUUAGUUUGUUUUUAGAUUUUCUUUUGCAAUUGAAUACGCUUAAAUGUGAAAUCUUUGAAAUAUAUACAUUUAAUUUACAAACAUAAACAAUACAUA